UGCAUCACCCAGUACGGAUCAUCGUCGCUAACUUCCCCUUUGCUGGGCAAGACCACGUCCUAUUCAUUCAACUCGUCCGAUUUAUCAACAUGUUGGGCAUAUUCGCCCAAGUUGCCGUUUUUUGUUUCCCCUCUCUCGACAUCGGGGGUAACUGGGGAAUGUCCAGCACGUACACUUACUGGCAACCGUUGUCUCUCAUCGCCGCCCGCGGGACGCGCCAACAAAAUCCCAGCCCCGACUUACCGGGAUUAUUAUCAUCAUGGCAAUUUCUUCCCUGUUGUGGAUCUGCAAACCACCUACCUGGCGCCGUGUACUUCCGGAUGUGGUGUGUGAGAGGAGGUACUUGACUCCCCACCAAUUUACUUCGCAGUGGGCUGGUAUUCGCUCUUGUCUGAUCUGCCGCUGCUCUUGUACAGGGUACGUACUGGUGCGCAC